UCGUGGCAUUUAGUUAACGUUACGUAUCUCUUAAUUACUUCGGUUAAGUGUCGGAUUUAGAAGUAGUUCGUUUUCCCUGAUUUUUGUUUAACUGAAACUUUGUUGUUUGCUAGAACUUCUAAAAGUAUCACGGGGUGAAAAUCCAUUUUUCGGUACUUAAUCAUUAAUCCUCCUCGACGGCUGACAAGAAGCCAAGAUGUCGUUGGUCAACACUGAACUAAAAGCGGAAUAUACCCUGAAGUGAUACACCUACUAGAGUGAGUGAGUUGCAGAAGGAACCACAAUGUGUUCUAUUCCGGGACUCCCAUCAACGGGUUCAAAUGUACCCGUACUCAUUACCAGAGUAAACCUAAACCCGGCAUGUGUUCUGGUAGAGUUUUGGGGGAAUUUUGAUCAAGACCGAAAGUUUGCUUAUCAGCAGCUAAAAAAGGAGAUUCAGUACCCCAGAGAGGGUUUUUGUGAAUCGGAUGGAAACCCUGGUGACUUGUGCCUUGUACGAGUGUACGAAACAUGGUACAGAGCCCGUAUAGUGUCUAGAGACACUGACGAGUACAGCGUGUUUUUAAUUGAUGAAGGCAGAACGCUGCGUGCAACUGUAAACACUUUAGCAUGGGGCAAAAGUGACUUUUUCUAUCUUCCCCCUGAAGUUGAAUUCUGCGUUCUUGCCAAUGUCCUGCCGCUGUCUCCUGAAAACAAAUGGUCAGCAAUGGCCUUAGAGUUCAUGAAAACCUUCUGUGGUCGAAGAGUCAAUGCCACUGUCCAAGAUGUUCUUGUGCCUCAUCGAACAUUCCUUCUCGACAUUCCUUGCCUGUCCAGACAGAUGUUUGAAAUGGGCUUUGCGAAGAAGUUGUACAGUGAUCGUUUCAAGGAGUUCGUUUCCAGAUCUUUGCAGGCCAGCAGUGGAACUGGAGAACCUCAGAGAAUUUCUUCCAUUAGGACCAAACCAGUUGAGAUCAUUGAGCAAAUAGAGAAGCAGCAGGCCUACAUGUACCCAGAGCUGCAAACCGAUACUGUUGAGACUGUUGUGGUCACAGAAGUAACAAGUCCAUUUAGAAUAUUCUGUCAGCUUAAGGUUUUCUCUCAGGAGCUGAAGAAGUUAACAGAACAGAUAACUCUGCAUUACGAGGGAAGAGUUGGAUGCAAUUUUGCAAGACCUGAGAACUUAGGCAGCCCAUGUGCAUCAAGAGGAAAUGACGGCAAAUGGUAUCGUUCUGUGCUGCAACAGGUCAUGUCUGCCAACAAUGUGGUUGAGAUUUUGCAGGUGGAUUAUGGGAAGAAGCAGUUUGUACAAGUUGAGAAUGUCAGACCACUCGCCCCUGAGUUCUUCAGGAUGCCUGUUGUAACGUACGUGUGCUCCCUUCAUGGAAUAGCCGACAGAGGUAUUGGAUGGACAGCUUCUCAGAUCGAUUACCUGAAGUCUCUCCUGCUCAACCGCACAGUGAUCGCCAAGUUUCAGUAUCAAAGCCUUUCUGAAGGUGUCCACUAUGUCACGCUUUAUGGAGAGGAGAACACAAACAUCAACAAGUUGUUUGAACUGAAACAGAAAUGUUCACUGGUAUCUGACAUGACCCUUACAGAUUUUGCUGUUCAGAAGAGCCCAUCAUCUCAGAAGAGCAAAAUUUUAGAGACAACCAAGACCACACACAUUGAUGAAACCUACUCUGACCUUAAAGGGAACAAGCCGGUCUUUUUCACCGAGAGUCUCACACCUAACACUUCACAUCUGGCUGUUGUACAGCACGUUGAGAGCCCUGGAAAGUUUUGGAUUCAAACCCAGCGGUAUGCUGAUGAAUUCAGUCAGCUAAUGAAUGGUCUUGGAAAUCUGUACAUUGAUCCAGCAAGCUCUGAAGGAUUGGUAAGAAAGCCUGUCGUUGGUCUCCUCUGUGCAGCUAAAGCCCAAGAUGGUGUGUUCUAUAGAGCGGCUGUCUAUAAGGUAAUUGACAAGAAAGCAUUAGUGUACUUCCUCGACUAUGGCAACACAGAGCUUGUUGAUUGUGUCAACCUCCGUCAGUUGCCUCUGAGAUUUCAGCAGCUGCCUGCUGUGGCAGUAAAGUGCUCCCUCUAUGGCAUAAAAUCCAGAAUGAAACAUUGGGACGAGAGGGCUACAUUGUUCUUUUCGAGACUCGUCGAAGACAGAGUACUUGAUUUGCAUGUACAAGACAAGCAUCAAGACACUCACAUGGUCCAGUUAGUGGAUCCGAGUUUAGAUGGAGAAAAUGAUAUAAGCAAGCUGUUGUGCAAUGCAGAUUUUGCGGACAGUGAAAAGACCUUUGUGGAAAGUUAUGCCACAAGAUCUGGUGUUUUCUUAACAGGAGCUCGGCCUCAAACACCUUCCACUUCUUCCACCAUAACGGACAGUGCAUCCGCUUUCAAGGAGUACUUGUUUCCCAUCGGAAGUUCACUGGAGGUAACUGUCUCCUACAUUGAAAGUCCUAAUGACUUCUGGUGUCAAAAAGCUAGAAAUGCAGCAUGCUUAGAAGUGCUAAUGCAAGACAUUCAGCGUUUCUAUGCUCACAGUGAAUUUCAGCCACCUUUGGAAGCCACUUGUGUUGCCCGUCAUCCUGAGACAGGGAUAUGGUACAGAGCCUUGGUCAUUCAGAAGCACCAAACCCCUCAUGUUGAUGUCUUGUUCGUCGACUACGGACAGACAAAGAAGGUUGCUGUUGAGGAUCUUCGAAAAAUCACUCCAGCAUUCUUGAAGAUGAAAGGACAAGCCUUUCGAUGCAGUUUGUAUAACCUGAUCCAACCAGUUUCCCACUCAGCUUUAGACUGGAGCCCAGAAGCCACAUUGCAGUUUCAAGAGUUUGUUGACACAGCAGCGUCCAUGAAUGUGCCCUUAAAAUGCACCAUAUUUGCUGUCAUGUAUGACUCCCAGAAGGUUGUGUUCAAUGUGGUAGACUUGGAGACUCCAUUCCAAAGCAUUUGCAAUCUCCUUGUCCAAAGACGUCUAGCUGACCGUGCUCCUUCAAAGAAAGCUCCUCUUCCACCCUUUCGCCUGGACACCUACUAUUACUCCACACAUGGAGUCAAGACUGGAUGUGAAGAGGAAGUGAGUGUCACCUGUGUGAAAAGUGUCACUCAGUUCUAUUGCCAUCUUGCCAGGAAUUCAGAGGAGAUUGAGAAACUUUCAAACAAGGUCAACUCCCUGUGCCGUCAGCUAGAGGCAACCAAGUGUCCUCAGACUUUUGGAACAGUUUGCUUUGCAAAAUACACAGAUGGACUUUGGUACAGAGGCCAAAUAAAGUCUACAAAACCAUCAGUUGUGGUCAAUUUUGUGGAUUACGGCGACACCUUGGAAGUUGGAAAAUCAGACUUGCUGCCAGUUCCAAUUGAAGCAGGAGAGAUCAUGUCCUUCCCAGUGCAAGCAAUUGAAUGCGGGCUCUCAGACAUGCCUGAAGAUGUGCCAUGUGAAGUGGGAAACUGGUUCCGUAAUUUUGCGGACAGUCAUUGUUUCACUGCUUUGAUUGUGGCAAAAGACCCAAAUGGAAAGCUUUUGGUGGAACUUUAUGAGGGGAAAACUCAAGUGAAUGCACUGAUCAGACAGAAAUUUCACAAUGAAAUCCAUAGAAAUGAGCCAAGCGCAUUCAAAGGAUAUAGUUCAAAGAACAGAAGUGCACAAAGUGGGGCAACCCAUAUGAAGGAAAGUUCCAGUGGCCCAAAGCGAGAUUUCAUGGAUCAAGGUCCGCAAUCCUGUGAAAGUUACGGAGCACAACAAGGUAAUGCUGAAUCAAAACAGCCCCGGAGCAAGUGGGGAUUCAAUACAAAUGGUCGACCGGAACCAACAAGAGAUUUCGGGACAUUGCAUAGUUCCCAGAAACAUCACGAACCACAAGGAAAGUCCAACGAUAGAGCUGAUGUGCGUCGCCCUUGUCCAUCUGACAAAACUGAUGCUGUAAAACCCAAGUCUCAGCCUCUUUUUAACGAAUCAGCACUCCCAGUGAAAGUCAUAAAACCAAGUCUAGAAGCCGAAGUGUUCAUCUCCCAUUGCAAUAGCCCUUGUAGCUUUUUUGUUCAGUUUGCAACUGAUGAGGAUGACAUUUAUUCGCUCGUGGAGAAGUUGAAUGCUGACCAGUCAAGGUGCACAAACAUCGAUGCCAGUGAUAUUCGUGAGGGAGACUUGGUUUGUGCAAUGUUCCCUGAAGAUAACUCCUGGUACCGUGCAGCAGUGAGGAAAAACACUGGUGACACAAUCAAUGUUGAAUUUGUUGACUUUGGAAACACUGCUACGGUUCCUGCCUCAAAAAUAUGCCGACUUGAUCAAGCAUUUGCUUUGCUUCCUAGGUACAGCAUCCACUGCUCUGUACAUAAACUGAAUGUUGAAAGUGGUGACCAAGAACUUGCACCCAACUUCAAACGAGUAAUUGAACAAAACAUUGAAAAGGUCAUGUGCACAUUUGUGAAGAUGUCUGGGAAUGUUUGGGAAGUGAAACUUGAUGUUAAUGGUGUAAUGCUGGGAUCCACCCUUAGCAAUGAUGCUACACCAGCAGCUGAGCUUACGACCCUAAGUGUCAAGCAGACAUCUGAAAUCAAGCUUUGUACCCAAUACAAGAACCCUGACGUAUCAGCUGGACAGCUGAUCACUGGAUACACCUCAUUCAUCAAGAGUCCUCAGCUCUUCUGGUGUCAGUAUGCAACAUCGGACAAACUUCAAGAGAUCUCAGAUGCGUUACAGAGUGCUGGCAAUGCAUCAGAAGAUACUUUGAGUGAGGAAUCUCUUCCAGUUGGAAGUGCUUGCAUUGCUCUUUUCACUGAUGACAAUUUGUGGUAUCGAGCUAAGGUUACAUCUAGAGACCUUGACACACUCUCCAUUACCUUUGUAGACUAUGGAAAUGAAGCAAAAGUCAAUAUCUGUGACGUUAAAGCACUUCCACGGGAGCUAUCAGAUGUGCCCCCUCAGGCAUUCGACUGCCAGCUUGAAGGUUUUGAUCUUUCCAAGGGUUUCUGGGCUGAAGAGGCAGAUGAUGCAUUCUUUGAGCUAGUUAAUGACAAGCCUUUAAAUAUCAUUGUUGAGAAAAUGGGGAGCUCUGAAAGGCCAAACCUUGUCAAGCUGGAUUGCAAUGGUGUUGUUGUCAAUGAUACCAUGAGAAGCUAUUGGAAAAGUAAAAAUCUUGAAACUCCAUCUGUUGAGCUCCUAAGUGGAGCAAAUCUGGUGUACGACGAUGGCUCUGACUCGGUAGUUAUUCAUGAUUCAGACACUCAACAUGCUGACAAUGAAACCUGCACUUCAGUUCUCGAAAUGCAUCAUUCUGAACAAGAGCAGCUUGAUUUACUGACAAGUACAAAAGUUGGAAAUGAAGCACAGGAUGAUGUGCUCGAAAUGAUUACUGGAGAUGAUCCCUCACCUGAUGCAGUGAGUAUAGUGCCCUCUGAUGCACAAGGGGACCUUGAAACCAUAUGUGUCGUAGAUGAACCAGUUUCAGCUUUCACAAACCAGCAUGCCUUUGCCGAAGAGACCGACCCAACUGCUGUUCCUGUAGUUUUGCCACAGCACUCUGAGGGAGCUACACCUAGUAUUAUCUCAGAGAACAUAGAUAGCUUCUUGAUGAACAACACAGAUUCUCAGUUAUGCAUUGUUGAGGGACCAGAGUCACCAUCACUUGAGAUCAUUCAAUCAGACUUGGGCUGUUUAAGGCGAGCAACAGAGAAGAAGCCUGCUGGGUCAGAAUGUGUGAUAUGGUCACAUGUAAGAAGAACUUGGUGCAGGGCGCGAGUUUUAAAAAGUUCUGAAGACACUGUAUUGGUGUUGCUUGUGGAACAUGAUUCUGAGGUGGUAGUAGAUCCUUUCAACAUCUUUGAAAUUCUGCCAGACAAGCCACUGCAGAUUUCCUGCAUUGAAGCUGCAGUUCCAAGAGAUGAAGCAACCAAGGAGAAACAUACUGCAUUGAAGAACGAUCAUUCAAAGGCGGGAGAUUCAGAAUAUUCCACUGUUGUUGCUUCAGAGUCUGAGGAACCAAAUGGUGAAGAAGCACACAUUGACCAAAUGGAUCCACUUGAUGAACUGGCAGACCAGCCUCAAGCCACGGGGUGUGUGUCCUGUUCAAUUGUUUUGGUUGAAGAUUCUGAGGUGGAAGAUGCAUCGCAGGAAGGUGCACAAGUGGGUGAUCUUGUUCAAGUACUGAGUCCAGAAAGCAAGGAGCCCCAAGAGGAUUUAAAUACUUCGGUUGGAGAGCAAAGAGAAGAUGCAGCCACAAUAAGUACUGGUGUGGAUCUACUGAUGGAUUUCCUUGAUGUGGCUCGCCAUGAUAAGGAUGUGCGUGAGACUGAGCUUCAAACGGAUGACUUGCUUGACGAGUUUAAUAACGUUACUGAAGAUCUUAUCGUUCUUACCAGUGAUGGAACAGAGUCUGACACAGCAUCUGAUGACACUCUUCAGGGUGAUGCAGUGACUAUAGAAAUCCAUACUGAUGCUGAAGAGUCUUCAUGCUUACAAGAAACAUCAGAUGCAUCCAAUUGCACCAGCGCAGAGGAUUCACGUCUCACUCAUCUGACCCUGAAGGUUGAGGACGCAUCUGACGAUGAUGUCAUUUUUGUUGGUGUUUUGCAAGAAUCCCAAGCAGAAGUAAAUGAACCAGAGAGUGAAAAUGAAAAACAGAAACUUGACUAAAGUAUACAUUGUAAACCUCUGAAGAGGUGGUUGAUGUAUCCUAAGAGGCAAGUUUAUGUAGUAAUGUUUUUUUUUUUUUUUUUGUUUGGUUUUUUUUUUUUUUUUUUUUUUUGUUAAUCACAUUUAAGUUGCCAGUAGCUUGAUGUAAAGUGUUUUUUUUUUUUUUUUU